AUGUUUGAAGACUCGCGAAUUCUGCGCCUACAUGCUACCCAUCGCCCCUCUCUAGUUGAAGCCAGCUUACAACCUUCGCGUCAGCAGACAUUACAUUCCCAAGCAUCCCAAGUACAUCAUGCCCAACAACUGGGUGUCCGCCCUGUGCAUAAAUUAAAACUGAAAGCACUGGCCUUACAUGAAAUACCCACAGUGUCUGACUUUUAUGCCUCACGCGAACUACGGGCAGCUGCGGACCCGAGGGUGCCACCCGUUCCAUAUCUCAAUACCCUCGUCUCUUUCAUUGAACAUGACAUCGCACGGUUACAAGUGGAUUGUAUUGUGAAUGCGGCUAAGGAGUCUCUUCAGGGUGGGGGAGGCGUUGAUAGGGCGAUGCACCUUGCAGCCGGACCCAAGCUGAAUCAGGCAUGUAUAAAGAAACUCCAGGACCGCCAAUGUUCACCUGGACGGGUGUUUAUGACGCCUGGGUUUCACCUUCGAUGCAAAUCAGUGAUCCACACCGUGGGCCCGGAUUGCAGACAGAAACAGCAGAUAGACUAUGCUCAGGUGCUCAGGCAGUGCUACAGGAACAGCCUGAAUAAAGCAGUGUCUAAAGGUCUUCGCAGUAUUGUAUUUCCAGCAAUAUCAGUUGGGGUCUAUGCUUGUCCUGCGGAGGCUACGAGCGAAAUUGCACUCAAUACUGUCCGGGGAUUCCUUGAUGAGCAUGGUAGGCCAUCUUCAUUAGAUCGGAUUGGGUUCUGCAACCUCGGGCCUAAUAUUCAUGCCAUCUACUAA